UUUAGGAUGUUUAGGAACCCUUAAAAACUCUUUAGAGAGUUUUCUAAGAGCGUUACUGUGUUUCAGAAAUCUUUCAGUCUAUUUCUAUUUGCUCAUGCAAAUACAGCUGUUAUAAAAAUGUAAAUAACAAUAAAUAUAUAUAAAGUCAACAAGGGGAUUGACAAGAAUGAGUAAAAUAAAAACGAUAGCUUCAACUCAAUAAAAUAGAAUUACAAACAAACAGCCGAAAAGAGAAGCUGGAGCACAUGAGAGUAAAGUUUUUGAAUCUUGAAUGAGCAGGGACUAACAGCACACAUGUGCAGCUGCGGAAGGAUUUCCACUCCAAUACAACCCCCCCAAAAAAGAGAAAAAAAAAAGAAGAAGAAGAAGAAGCAAGAAAAAAGAGGGAGUGGUUCGUUUCUGUGACUGUAUGGACUUUACAGAUUAAUUUGCGGGAUUUUAAUCGGACUAUUUUUUUUUUUCUAUGGAAAUUUGAUUUGCGUGACAUCAUAUGCGGGAGCGCCUUCUUUGCGUUUCAAGUCGCUAGAAUUCCCAAACAGUGCAUUUUCGGCGAAAGAAAAGGAAGACGGGAAAAAAAAAACUACUGAAUUUCCGAAAAAAACAUGGAGACAAGGGGGAGAAGGAGCGGACUAAAAUGACUAAAACCCAAGUUUAGAGCUUCGGAAUACGGCGGAAACCCCCCCCAACCCCCCCCCCACUGAAUUGUUUAGUGUGUUAUUCGGUGGGAGAUGUUUCGGUGUUUAAGUAACAUUUUGUAACCGUGUCUCUUUUUUUUUCUUCCAUCCCCCCACAAAGUCGUAUUUUUAGGUGAAUUUCUGAAUUCUCGCGUCUCCAAAGUCGCCGCGUUUGACAUUAAAGCCUUCAAAAGUUCAUGGGAGAAAGAAAGGGGAAAAAAGGAAAGUGAAAUGUCUGAAUUUGUAGCUUCUUUAGACCGAGUUACAAUGGAACCUUUGGCACGGCGGAUGUUUUGAAUCCGCAAAUGAUCCUCCAGAGCGACAAGGAAUACAAACCAGACAGCGGAGAAAAAGUGCCAUGCUGUUCAACUAAACCAAGCCGAGGCCUGAACCAGACCGAGGAAACAACUUUUAUACAGGGGUUUAUUUGAUUUUUAUUUAUUUCCUAAAAGAUAGUCCCCCCCCCCCCCCCCACCCCUGUGUUCAUGCUGAUGACACGACACUUUGUUUUCUUUUCCCACAACGUGAAGUGAGCCUGGAGGACGACAUUACCGGGGGAAACAACACGCUGUCGGGGGCUACAGGGUAAACAUAUCAGACGGUUAUUUGGACACUUUAAAAAAGAAAACAACAACACGGUUUAAUGGAUGAAAACAAACCAAAUAGUAGCUUUUCCAAGCUUGGACUCGACCUUAAACAGGGACUCGUGUAAUACUGAGGCUUUUGCUUGAAGGAGGAAUCAGAUUAUGCUCCAUUUGUUAAAAACAUUCACAAUUUUGUACUGUUUCCAACCAGUUAAAGCUUCUAGAGGACUUCUGGAGGUUUUCCGGCUGUUAUUUUCUCACAAGUUUGCGAUUUAAGUGCAAAUGACACACUCCACGAGUCUACCACAGAUCCUUGGUGGAGUCGCCUCAUGUACAUUUAAGUUAGCUUAGCAUAAUUUUUCCAUUCGCCGUUCGUCACAGACUUUUUUUUUGCGCCCCCUCACACCCCCCCCCCCUUCUUUUUUUUUUUUGGAUAAUAAAUACCCUUCAAAGUUCAUCUUUUGGAUCACACACGAGUGUUUUACCUUGGUAAAAUGCUAGUUGGAUAAAAGCUGAAGAGAGAGGAAAGGAAAAAAAAGCAAGAAACGGAAGCCCAAUGAGUGGCUCACAGUCCACGAUAGCUGACAGGUUUCCCAAAAAACCAACCAGACCAGGAAGCAUUCUCAACAAGGACCACCCCCCAGACAAGAAGCCCAAGAGUGAGAAGGUGUCAGUGCCUCCUACACAUGACUUUGACCCCACAGAGCUGCCCGUGCACAGUGUAGAGCGACGGCCCGAGUCGUGUGGGCUUGUUCAGCGGUGCGUGAUCAUCCAGAAAGACGAGAAUGGCUUCGGGUUGACCGUGAGCGGAGAUAACCCAGUAUUUGUCCAGCUGGUUAAAGAAGAUGGAGCUGCUAUGCGAGCUGGCGUUCAGACGGGUGAUAGAAUAAUCAAGGUCAACGGGACGUUAGUAACGCAUUCCAAUCAUGUAGAAGUGGUGGAGUUAAUAAAAUCGGGCUCAUACGUGGCUCUGACGGUGUUGGGGAGACCCCCGGGUCUGCCGCAGAUCCCCUUAUCCGAGGGAGAGGGAGAUGGAGACCCUCUCUCCUCCCUCAGCUCCCCUCACUCCCCCGGCCCCACUGUAGCCGAGCGCUCAUCCUCUUCCUCCACCUCUCCCUCCGACCGCAUCACCUCCCCACUGCCUGCAUGGGAGGACAGCGGCGCGGUGUUUAAUCAGAAAGUCGACAUCCUGCAGAAGAUGCUGAUGAAGGAGCAGCAAGACCUGCAGGCUAUGAAGGAGGAGUACGGCAGAAACCCUACAGCGAGACUACUGAAGGACAUCCAGGAAGCUCAGAAGCACAUUCCUCUGCUUCAGGGCCAACUCAGUAAAGCCACCACGGCUGGACAGGAUGGCCUGCUUUCUCGAAGACCGGGAGAAGGAGACUCCGAGGAAGGAGGAGGGUUAGGAGACGUGGACGCCUCUCCGUCCUGGCACUUUGACUCCGAGUCACCCAUGAACAGCAACUCGACGCCGGUCACGCCCAGUAUGAUCCCAGAAAGCCCGUACCAAAGAGACACACCAUGCCACAGCCCAAAGCCGACGCCGCGCUUCAGCCUCAACUCGUGCCCGUCUCCCGAUGGCGAGGACGCGGUCGACCUGGACUCGAGCUAUCAGUGCAGCGCGGGGAGCCCGUUGUCCCGUCUGCCGCCUCCCAUCAUCGGAGCGGAGGACGAUGACUUCGACACCGAGCAGGAGCAGGUGAACGGUCAGUGUAGCUGUUUUCAGACCAUAGAGCUGUUGAAGUCUCGGCCUGCUCACCUCGCAGCCUUCCUGCAUCACGUGGUCUCUCAGUUUGACCCUGCACCUCUGCUGUGCUACCUCUACGCCGAGCUGUACAAGCAGAGCAACCCCAAAGAGACGCGGCGGAUAUACGGGGAACUCCACUCCACGUUCAUGGACCGAUCGGCGCAACUGAAAGUAGCGGUGCCGGACUCCAUCUCGGCCGACAUGGAACGAUGGAAGCCAGACUUAAUUCCAGAGGACGUCCAAAGACAGCAUGUGCAGCAUCUACAGGACACCCUCCUACCUGACAUCCAGAAACAUCUGGAAGACUUCAGACAGAAGCGCAGUAUGGGCCUGACUCUGGCCGAAGCCGAGCUCAGCCGGCUCGACUCGGAGCGCGUGCGAGACCGCGUGGCCCUGGAGAGAGAGCGCUCGUGCUCGGAGCAUAUCAUCUCCAAGAUCAACGAAGUCUUGUUGACGCCAUCAGCCACAGAGGAGGAGAAGUGUACCGCCAUGCAGUUCGUCAUCCAGGCCUAUAUGAAGCACCUCGGGGUGAAGGUGAAGGAAUCUCGAGGGUUUGAGCCCAAACCCAAGCUAAUAAACCUUCUCCCUAAAAUCAAGAAGACGAUAAAACCAGAGAAGGAUGGAGGUAUGGAGGUGCUGAAAAAGUCCCGCUUCCAGAUCAUGCGCAGCCACAACAAGAGGCCCAGCCGAACCGACGUCUCCUCGAUUACCAAGGCUCUGGAGCAGAAUAAGCAGCGUACACAAAAGCAGCUGUCGCAGAACGCUCUAGCGCCGACCGAACAGCCUGAAGCACCUUCAGCCAGCCGAAUACGGAGCAGUCAGUCCAGUGACGGGCCAGACGGCAGCCCAGGAUCCAUCAACUCGCCUACUUUCAGCGCUUCCCCUGUACAGAGCUCUGACAGCACAGCUAGAGAGUUAGAGCCAGGCACUACUCCCUUGUCAGCAUUACCCAGACUCGGAGAAGUCGGUCCUCAGGCUGAAGGACAGGACUCGUCUUCCUCAGGCACGCACUUUGACUUCACCACCUAUCCUCCGGACCAUCUUCAAGAGGAGGAGCCAGAAACAGACAGGAAUCCUGACGGAGGGACGCCGCGGCCAAUCAGGAGGAUGGAGCCGUUGUGCGCAGGAGAGGUGCAGAGUGAGGACGAUCAGGCGUUUGAGGUGGAGCCAGAGCAGGACCCUCCUCACUGGCAGACGCUGGUGAGCACAGAAGUCCUCGCACUGCUGUCGCCGCACGAGAUCAAGAGACAGGAAGUGAUCAAUGAGUUGUUCUACACGGAGCGCGCUCACCUGCGCAUGCUGAAGGUGCUGGAUAACGUGUUCUACCAGAGGAUGACCCGCGAGACCAUUCUGCCCCCCGCGGACAUCAAAAACAUCUUCACCAACCUGGAGGAGAUCGUCCAGCUACACGUGUCUAUAACCGAGCAAAUGACGGCCAUUCGGAAGAAGUACGAGACGGCGGUCGUGGACCUCAUAGGAGACGAUUUGCUGUCCUGGUUCAGCGGAACAGAAGAGGAGAAGAUCAAGCGGGCAGUGGGAACCUUCUGCAGUAACCAGCCUUUCGCUCUGGAGCUUAUAAAGAGCAGGCAGAAGAAGGAUCAGCGAUUUGCUGCCUUUGUCCAGGAGGCGGAGAGUAAUCGUCAGUGUCGAAGGCUCCAGCUGAAGGACAUGAUUCCUGUGGAGAUGCAGCGACUCACUAAAUACCCACUCCUGCUCGAAAACAUUGCGAAAUACACUGACGACACCGAGGAGAAAAGCAAAGUGAAGCGAGCCUGCGAAUGCUGCCGUCAGAUCCUCAACCACGUCAACCAGGAAGUAAAAGAGGCUGAAAACAAACAGAGGUUAGAGGACUACCAAAGAAGACUGGAUCUCUCGUCACUGAAGCAGAGCGAGUACCCCAUGAUUGCAGAGUUUAAGAACCUCAACUUGACCAAACGGAAAAUGGUGCAUGAGGGACCCCUGUCUUGGAAAGUGAAUAAAGACAAGACUAUUGAGCUCUACACACUCCUGCUAGAAGACAUCUUGGUGCUGCUGCAGAGGCAGGAUGAGAAGCUUAUCCUGAAGUGCCACAGUAAGAAUCUGGCAGGCACGGCCGAGACCAAACACAUCUUCAGUCCAAUCAUCAAGCUCAGCACCGUGCUGGUGCGCUCUGUAGCAACAGACAACAAAUCGUUCUUCGUGGUGUCCAUGUCCGAUUACGGCGCGCAGAUCUACGAGCUGAUGGCGCAGACCGUGUCUGAGCAGAAAACGUGGCACGAUCUCAUCGGGCAAAGAGCAGACAGUAUGAAGAGCCUGCCUCAGAACGAUGGGGAGCGGGAAGCUGACGACGAGAUGAACUCUGGCAUGCCGAAAAUGAGCAAAGAUCCAGAUCGCAUCUCUACUGGAAGCGUCCAGUCUCCAGAAAAAGAUGCUACUUCCUCAUCUGAGAUCAUGCAGAUUCCUCCAGCAGGAAGCAACCCAUUUGACACCAAGUCAGAGGAUGAGGAGGAGGCAGAAGGUGAGCAUUUGCCGCAAGUUCAGGAUGAAGUUCAGGAUGAAGCGGAGGAGGACGAGGAAGAGGAAGAGGCCUUCCUAGACCCCGAGCUCGCAGACAGACUUCCGUUCUUGAAGCAGCGCUCGAGGCACGCCAUCGCUGUAGAGGAGAAGGACUUGGAUACCUUUGACCUGCCUCCACUGAUGGCAGACGAGGCGCUUCGAACCCUGGCUGCUCUGAGGCAGCUCCUGAUCAAUCACAUGGACGGUCAGGAGGAUGUGGACAGGGACAGAGAGAGGGGGGAGGCUCGGCUGCGUGAGCUGAGGGCAGGGUCUCUGCAGGGCUCGGAGGAAAACGCUGCCCCUGGUGGAGCAGUGGAGAACGGUGCCGAGAGGACGGAGACCGCACACGUCAAGACAGAGAACCGUCUCGAGUUGCCCUCAGGAGAUACAGGCUUCUUUGAAACCUCCGAGGACUUUGGCAGUUACAUGGUGCUGGAGGGUUACGGCGGUUCGGGUGAGAGCAGCACUGAUGACGACGGGCAGGUCUGCAGCACCGAGCCUGCAGCAGCAGGGGACUCGGGCAUCGACCUGAAGAAGCUCCUGUCCUCCGUUUCCUCUCAGAGCAGAGGACCCAACUUCAGCAGACAGGUCAUGACCCACUUGCGCCUGCUUCAGGCCAACCUGCAGCAUCUGAAGGAUGUAGAAUCAAAAUAUAACCAACUAUGCCAAAGGCACUCAGAGCAAGCAGCUACUGAAUCAGAAGAAAACAAAGAUAAAAGCUAGUGUUCCUGGAGCUGUGGUUUCCUGCUGGAAGUAGAAGAGAUACGGCGUCGUCAGGAAGGUGUGCUGCGGUCCUGCUGCUCCCUGCUCAACUCUUGCGCAUCUUCACUGCCUCUCGUUGGCGGCAACGAAUGUCCGAGACCCCAAACCUCACAUGCGCAGUACAGGAAAAAAACAAAACAAACAAACCCCAAGUUCUCUUGCUGACUUUCUGAGAAAAGGGCAGGGGCAAUUUUUUUGAUAAAGACAUUUCAUCAUCCCUAGUUUGCUUCAACUAUUUAUUUGGAGUUAGGAAGAUUUGGAUUGAAGCAGCUCUCUACAAAAUUCACAAAGGGGGGAAGAAAGAGGAUGAUGGCAGCAUGGCAGCGAGGAUAAACUAAAUCCCGGACGGGAACUUCAUCUCUUCUAGUUUUCACGCUGACAUACAACUUGUAUGUAAAAUCGACAGUUACGUUUUUUUUUUUAAAUGCUCUGCUCAGACUGGAUGAAAUUGGGUUUGAUAUCGUAACCGAUGUGUAAAAUGAUGCCAGAUGUAGUUUUACAGGCCUUAGACCUGGACUGCGAUCGACUUACGAAAUGUCCUUCAUAAGGACUAAUGCUACAUGAAGCCUGACGGAUCAUUCCUAUUGUGUUUGGAUAUGAAUGUUGUUACUGCCGCGCACAUCUGCAUGAGGGCCUCGUGUGGCCUUUAACUACACAUCUGACCACUAAACUACAGGAAGAAUAUUUAGUUACUCGUACUGAAGCUUUAACAAAACCCAGUCAGGUGCAUCAUCAGGAUGUUGAUUUUCAUAAAACCCUGUUGUUCAGGUUUCUUUCAGAAAUAGCUCAAAUCUGAGCUUGUUUGGUUUUAAGGGUAGAAUGCUGAAUCCUUUUAAUCGAACGUUGAUGCGAAGAGGAACGCCGGAAGAGAAAUCGCUCUUACUGCUGUUAAUGCGCGAAGGGCGAAAGCGAGUCGCCUGAAAAGACCCGUAUCCCAUAUCCUCACAACCAACCUGAAGCCUCUGUCUCAUAACGAUAAGCUCCUCCCCCCUUUCUGUCUGACGCUACUGAAGCUCUCUACGGUCCUGUCAAGAAGUGACCAAGAGAAAGCAGAACUUUAUCACCACGAGGCACUAUAUUCUUCUAUAUACAAGCCAAACUCGAUCAGAAGUCUUACUGAAUGGUUUAUAGCAUGGAUUUUUCCUUUUAUCCGGGAUGUGGGAAUGAAGUUAAAUGAAGAUUUAAAAAAAAAAAAAAUUAUGAUGAAA